CAAAUACAUACACUCCGGGACAUAAAUUCGCAUAGUUUUGCGCUUAAACUUGUUCAGCACAAUGAAAUUGAUAUCCUUCUAGUUCAAGAGCCUUGGAAUUUAAGAGACCUUGCUACAAGACAGUCGAUAUCGCACCCUAAUUUCAUGUGUUUCUCGUCCCUUUCUGAAAGGCACUCGCGUCCUAGGGCCCUGAUUUACGUUCGAAAAUCGCACGAGCUUGACCCAUGUCAGACCGCUGUAGAUAUCACUUUUAACUGUGUACAAAUUGCUGUUGAAGGGGGGCGUGGAAGUAAAAUAAUUAUAUGGAGUAUCUACAGCCCCCUGGCCAACUGCACAGGUGCUGGAGACGGUCUGAAUCUAGUCUAG